GGCUCGGGGCGGCGGCGGCGCGGGCUGCAGUGCGGCGGGCGGCCGGCAGCGGGCAGCAGCGGGCACGGGCACGGGCGGCAGCGGGCGGGCGGCGCCGGCGGUGCCCCGGGCGCGCACUCACACACACACACACACACACACACACACGCACGCACACGCCUCGUACACACUCACACACGCUCCGGCACGCACACGCAGCGCGGGCCGGAGGGAGGAGGCUCGGCGGCGGCGGCGGCAGCGUGCUCGGCGGCGGCGGGAGGCUGGCGGGCGGCCCCCGCUCCCCGGCUCCGCGGCCCCGUGCAGCCCGCGCGGCCCCCGCCCUCGGACCCGCCCCCGGGGGUCGCCGGGCCCCAUGCCCUGCAGCGGCGGCGGAGCAGCGCGCGGCCACGGGCGGCUGUGAGAAGCCCGGGGGCAGCCGGCGACGAGGGGACCAUGUACCGGGACCCGGAGGCGGCCAGCCCAGGGGCGCCCACCCGCGACGUCCUGCUGGUCUCGGCCAUCAUCACCGUCAGCCUUAGCGUGACUAUCCUUCUCUGCGGCCUCUGCCACUGGUGUCAGCGCAAACUGGGCAAGCGCUACAAGAACUCCUUGGAGACGGUGGGCACGCCCGACUCGGGACGUGGGCGCAGUGAGAAGAAGGCCAUCAACGAUCUAGACAGAGACUUUUGGAAUAACAAUGAGAGCACAGUGCAGCAGAAAUGGAGCUCCUACCCUCCCAAGGAGUUUAUUCUAAACAUUUCACCCUACGCCCCUUAUGGCGACCCACGACUGUCCCUCAAUGGCACCCUCCUGUCCGGCGCCAAAGUGGCCGCCGCAGCGGGGCUGGCGGUGGAGCGGGAAGGCCGGCUGGGGGAGACGCCAGCGCUGGUGCCACCACCCGGAGAGGACGCCUUGAGAAGCGGCGGCACUGCCCCCAGCGAGCCGGGCAGCGGUGGCAAGGCGGGGAGAGGCCGCUGGCGGACGGUGCAGAGCCACCUGGCCGCAGGGAAGCUCAACCUGUCCAAUUUCGAGGACUCCACCCUGUCCACGACCACUACCCUUGAGUCUAUCCCCAGCUCCACGGGAGAGCCGAAAUGCCAGCGACCCCGCACCCUGAUGCGGCAGCAGAGCCUGCAGCAGCCGCUGAGCCAGCACCAGCGGGGCCGGCAGCCCAGCCAGCCCACCACCAGCCAGAGCCUGGGCCAGCUGCAGGCCCACGCGGCCUCGGUGCCCGGCCCCACCCCCCGGGCCUCUGGCCGGGGCCAGGCGCGGCAGGGCGCCUCGGCCGGCUCCAAGUACCGGGCGGCCGCUGGCCGCAGCCGCUCCAACCCGGGCAGCUGGGACCACGUGGUGGGGCAGAUUCGAACCCGAGGCUUGGACAUGAAAUCCUUUCUGGAAGGCCGGAUGGUGGUGCUAUCCUUGGUCUUAGGGCUUUCCGAACAGGAUGACUUUGCCAAUAUCCCUGACCUGCAAAACCCAGGAACCCAGCAGAACCAGAACGCUCAGGGGGACAAGAGGUUGCCUGCAGGAGGGAAGGCGGUGAACACAACCCCAGUGCCCAGCCAGACGCCGCACGAUGAGUCUGACCGCCGGACCGAGCCGCGCUCCUCCGUCUCGGACCUCGUCAACUCCCUCACCAGCGAGAUGCUCAUGCUCUCCCCAGGCUCCGAGGAGGACGAGGCCCACGAGGGCUGCAGCCGAGAGAACCUGGGCCGCAUCCAGUUCAGCGUCGGCUACAACUUCCAGGAGUCCACGCUCACCGUGAAGAUCAUGAAGGCCCAGGAGCUGCCAGCCAAGGACUUCAGCGGCACCAGCGACCCCUUCGUCAAGAUCUACCUGCUGCCGGACAAGAAGCACAAGCUGGAGACCAAGGUGAAGAGGAAGAACCUGAACCCCCACUGGAACGAGACCUUCCUCUUUGAAGGUUUCCCCUACGAGAAGGUGGUGCAGAGGGUCCUCUACCUCCAGGUCCUGGACUACGACCGCUUCAGCCGCAACGACCCCAUUGGGGAGGUGUCCAUCCCCCUCAACAAGGUGGACCUGACCCAGAUGCAGACCUUCUGGAAGGAUCUGAAGCCAUGCAGCGAUGGGAGUGGGAGCCGAGGGGAGCUGCUCCUGUCACUCUGCUACAACCCCUCUGCCAACUCCAUCAUCGUGAACAUCAUCAAAGCCCGGAACCUCAAAGCCAUGGACAUCGGGGGCACGUCAGACCCCUACGUGAAGGUGUGGCUGAUGUACAAGGACAAGCGGGUGGAGAAGAAGAAGACGGUGACGAUGAAGAGGAACCUGAACCCCAUCUUCAACGAGUCCUUUGCCUUCGAUGUCCCCACGGAGAAGCUGAGGGAGACCACCAUCGUCAUCACGGUCAUGGACAAGGACAGGCUCAGCCGCAACGACGUCAUCGGCAAGAUCUACCUGUCCUGGAAGAGCGGGCCCGGGGAGGUCAAGCACUGGAAGGACAUGAUCGCACGGCCCCGGCAGCCUGUGGCCCAGUGGCACCAGCUGAAGGCCUGAGGCGGCCAGAGGAGGCCCGGGGCCAGGGGACCGGGCCCCCAUCAUGCCCGCACCACUUUAUGCACAACGCCCGGCCUGGCCCCCUGCCGCGGGUGAGGGGAGGACCCUGCCGGCUCGGCCAGGGAGGGGUCCCAGAGAUCGUUUGGGCCCCGUUUCUAGGAAGAACCAGCCCCCUCCCCCGCCAGGCCAGCUCUGGGGGAGGGGCUGUGGGAGCCAUUUCCCUGCUUUGCCCCUUUACCUUCCUGACUUGCUGAUACUAAAGAAGUGGGGGAGGUCACGAGAGCCAGACGGGCAGACGGGCAGAUCCCUCCAGAGGCCCGCCAGGUGGGCACCGUCCCCCGUUUUCUUUGAGGCGGUGCCUGGAGUGGAGAGAGGCCCAGGAGAGGGGAGGCCGAGGUGCUGGGCCCCCGCCUGGCCCAGGGCAGUUUCAGGUGCCGGCUGGGCCCUGAAUGCCAAGGACAGUACAGAGCCCUCGGGGGUGCUGGAGCCGCAGCCCUGUGUACUUGUGUUGUGUCCACCAUGUGUGUGUAUGUGUGUGCCCGCGCGUGCAUGUGUGUGGGUGGGGGGCUCGCUCCCUGUCCCCCUGGGGCCAGCGGUGUAAAGACUGUGCAGAGAGGGCAGGGUUUCAUGGAGUGAGGCGGGGCCAGAGGCCGGAGGGGACAGUGCACUGAGCCAGGGGCAGGAGAGGAGAAGCGGGGAGGGGUGCGGAGGGGUGGGAAAGAGGGGCAGACGCAGCUGGGCUGAGAACUGGGCUGCCUCCAGCUGUGCCCCCUUCCCCCCCACCCCAGGGCCUCCCUCUGCUCAGAGUUCUCCAGUAGCUCCUUCCCCGGUGACAUCAUUCAUCCCUUGAGCAUUGUUUCACACCUUUUAGGCACCUACUGUAUGCAUCCCAUCCCGCCAGGACCCACCUGCACCCUUCCUUCCAGAGACACCCUUGUUCAUCCCAGAUCGCACAGCCCAGCCCCGCUGGCAAUAUUCUACCCGAGUCCCACUUUGUUCCCCUUCAUCUCGCUCUGUCCGUGCAGACCUGCCUGCCCCAAACACACACACACUCAUAUAUACACACACUCCUUCCCUCCAUCCUCCUGCUUGCUCACCUUCCCUGUCACCUCUCUGCUCCUGCAUCACCCAUUCUUCUCCAGGAGUGUCUCCUCCCCUCGCCCCUGCACCCCGUCCUUCCGGGCAGCUCCUGCUCCCCUUCUCAGUUCAGGGCAGGGAAAGUUCCAGGGCCCGAGAGAGGAGGGACAGGUGAGGGGUGAAUGGAGGAGGUGGGGAGGGAAGUGGUGAGUUUAGAGGUUUCUCCGCCUCCGCUGCUGCAGAUUCCACCCCUUGGAGACAGCAGAUUCCGGGUUCACCCCUGCUUAAGCCCGUGCAUCCCCCUGCCCCCCCGCCCCCGCCCCAACAGGGCCUGGUAUUGAUACAGGACUGCUGGCCACAGCUUCCCAGCCCGGGGUCCGCGAGCCGGGACCUGACAUUCCCGGCACUCACCGCCAGGUGGCGCCAGGACACCGCAGUCGGUGACCGCGUUCUCGGACCAAGGCCUGCCCCAGACGGGGGCGGCACCCCGGGAAAGGAGAGCCCCGGACAGGGUCCCCGUUUAGGCGCGUGGCAUCAGCCUGGGCAUUAGAAACCACCCUCCUGGCGUAGCCCGCCCCCGAGCGGGCCGUCUGCUCCCUGCCGCGGGCGGGCCGCAUUCUCGCCCGGAUCACAUUUUGACAUUGACGCCCCCCUGCCCCUUGGACGGAGGGAUGUCACCCGCAGUCGGUGACUCGUGCUGUGGAGUGGAAAGUGCUCGUGUCCACAACUGGUCGCCCGCAUCCCUUGUAAACCCAAAUGUCUCUCUCGUGUAGCUUUGCUUAAACUGGGGGUCCGCCCCGUCCUCGCCGAGCGGGCUGGGGACCAGCCCCCAGCGGGGACGGGAGGGCGGGGAGUCCGGAGGCUGUGGGGGAGCGGAGAGAGGGUGCUGUCUCGACAGGUAGAGGGGUCCUGGGCCCCUGCACCCCGAGGGGAG